CGGUAAACUAGAUGGGGUGGUGGGGCGGGGUGGUGGGGAGGAGUGAGGCGGGGUUGUGAGAGGGGUCGUGGUAGAACGGAGGUGGAAGGUUAGCAUGGGAGAGGCAAGGGCACAGAGGUGAGAAGAUGUGGAAGAAAUAUGGAUGAGUGGGUUUGUGUUUGUUAGGAUCUGGUAGGGUAUGUUGGUUCAGGAUGACCAAACAUAGGUUUAGUUUACGAGGCAGAUGGACAGGCAGCCAAGGCUGGUGGGUUAGGCUGCAUGCGGCGGCAGCAUGACGCGCAGGAAUGGAGCUGCAGUUGUCGUUGUAGUGCCAGGGAAAUGUGAACAUGAGGAUUUGUGAGGAAGGUGCAAGAGGGCGCAUGUCUGCCUUCACACUAGAUGGGAUAUGGACCCCAAGGAUACCGGUACCCGAAGUCAUGUCUGGAAACACGCUGAAGCUGGCUGCCUUGCCGACGGUUUAUUAUAUGUGGUGUUGCCCUCCAUGGUUGCGUGAAAUGGUGGUCACCCCUAAGCUCGACCCGUGUGUGCAACAGGAUGUACGGCAGAAGUACGUGGUCAGCGGCAACAAGCACGACAUGCCAAAGUUGCCACGAGACAUGGAAAUUGUAGCGUAGGUUCGAUGGCAUUUGUAAUCUUUGUUGCUGUGUUGUAUUAUUCCUGAAGCUAUAGCUUGACAGACUAUACGCGCACACGCCAUGGUAGUCUUUUGACGGUACUUGUAUACGCCUUAGCAUAUCGCUAUGUAAUACCGUCCGCGUACCUUCGUGUACACGCUUCAUCGUCUGCCUGCGGGACUUCUUCUUUAGCUGUCGACUGCAUGGCACACCUCUUAACUCUUAACAAUAUUGGCGCUUCAGCUUACAAAAACAAACCAUAAACUAUGGGCAAAGCGUUGACUAGUGCUUCUGGGCCAACAGGCCUUACGCUCCAUUACCUAGUUAUGGCGGGCGCUUGCUUUGGAUGCUGCGUCCGCGGCCUUCCCGCCUGGUACCAGGCCAUCAUCGCUGUCAUGAUCGCUGCCUCCACAGCCAUGCUGUGGGCCACGCACCUGCUCGACCCGGGCAUCAUACCGCCGCAAAGCUGCAAGGACCCGGUCAUCGAGGCCCUGGAGAGCGGCUCCGCAGAGGUGCCGCAUCGCCACCGCUACUGGCGCGACUCCCGGGGCACCUGGCUGCGCACCCUGCAGCCAGCAGAGUGGGCAGCAGAGCAGCGACAACAGCAGCAACAACAGCAGCAGCGGCAAGCGAUUGCAAAGGGGCGGGACGUCCCCACCACUAGCGGUUGUGGAGGAGGUGUAAGCGACGGUGGAGGCGGCGGUGGCGGUGUGUGCGGGAAGGCGGGGUACGUUGCAGUGGCUCCCGAACCUCAGGAGCCGCGGGAACCGCUGACGCAGCCGCAAGCAGCAGCAGGAGCAGCAGCAGUAGCUCCACCGCGGCCGCCAGCACCGGCGGCGGUAAUCUCAGCACCAAUGGCAGCAGAUGCUGCUGGUGUGGGAGGCGUCAGCGGGGGCCAGGGCGCCGAUGCCACUGCUUGCGGCGGUGGGGGCGGUGACGUGGAAAAAGGUAGCAGCGGCGGGCCUGGAGGAUCUGGCAGCUUGAUGGCUGUGGUGGCGAGUUCUGCGGGGGCCGUGACGGCGGCAGCAACGGCAGCAGCGGGGUUUCCCCUGGCUUCCUCCUCCGGGAUAACUGUACCUGUACGAGUACCCUCCUCACAUGUACCUCCUUCGCUACCGCUGCCGCCACCGCCGCCUCCUGGGGCAUCGGGCGCCCGGAGCUGCCGUGGCGGUGCGGCGGUGGUUCACAAGUACUGCGUGACAUGCAACAUCUGGCGGCCGCAGCGGGGGCACCACUGCAAGGAGUGCGGCUACUGCGUGGAGCACUUCGACCACCACUGCGGCACCAUGGGCAACUGCAUCGCGCGCCUCAACCACCGCUUCUUCGCGGGCUUCAUGAUUGCAGCGCAGGCGGCGUGCGGCAUGGCGCUGGGCGGCUGCGUGUGGCGACUGAGGAGGAGCAGCUUCCCGGGCUCCUCCUCCUGGUCGCACGGUGAGACGUACGUGCUGCUGCUGCUGGCGGUGGUGCUGGGCUGGCAUGUGCUCAGCCUGGGCUUCGGGACGGCGCACUGCCUGCUGCUGCUGACGGAUGUGACCACCAAGGAGUGUCUGAUGGAGGAGGUGCUGCCCGGGGCGCGCUUCUGCGACCACCUGCCCCUGGGGGCCAGCGGCUGCCGCAACCCCGCCGGCCUGCUGGGCGCGUACCGCUCGCUGUGCUGCGGCCCCGUGCGGCUGCGGCCGGGGGCGUGGCGGCGGCUGAGGGGCGGAGGCAGCAGUGCUGGCGGGGGUGCGGUUAGGGCUAGUGCAUGGACUAGUGCGGGCGGGGGUGGUGGUGGGGGCGGGGUAGGGGAGGGGGCAGGGCGGUCAAGCGGCAGUAGCAGCCGGCUGGGGCUGGUGAAGGGCGCGACGGAGGAGGGUGUGCCGGCGGAGGCGGGGGGGCCGAGUGAGGCAGCAGCAGGGGCGGGGGCAGUGCGGCAACCGGGGAUAGCGGCGCCUGCCUCGCUUGGGGUGUAACACGUAAGCUAUCGGGCUGUGGCAAAGCGGGUGGUAGGCCGUCUGAGUCCAGGCGGGGCGAUGUGGGACGGUGCGACCAGUACCUCGACGUGCAGGCGGUCACGGUUACAAAACCAUGAUAGCAGUACGACCGCAGACAGGCCACUGCAAUUAUUAACGUCCUGGCAUGCGGCCGCAUCCCCCGUAACUACGGAGAAACCCCGCAUGCUGAGGCCAGCAUUCUCAAUUUCCAUUCUCAAACUCCUGUAAACAACUCUGAGGGGCGCUUAUGGCCAGCACCGGUAAGCGACAUACCGGUGUGACUCAGGC